AUGGCAAAUGACGAGUUUAAGCUGGAUGUAUCCGAUUCUUCGAAGUCUGAAAGUUCAUUAACUGGACUUGUAGCGACAACAGUACCCCGGUUUCGUAAUGUGGCCCUACAUGAACGUUGCACCAUGAUGGAUAUGAUGCAUUUGAAAGAUGCCUUCCAAUCAGCGUACAGAAACAAAAUGAGUGCCGGAGAAUUUAGAGAGUUAAUCAAGACAUUAUUGAAUGCUGAGUACGAUGAUGAGCAUUAUAAUAUACUCUUUUUAAAGAUAAACACCAGUCGUACGGGUGAAAUUGACUGGGACGAACUGGUUUCACACCUGAUCCUCGGCUACUUUGGAAACGACGCUGAGAACCAGCGGGAGUCCUUGCAGCUGCCCAUCAUGGGACUGCCUGUCAUCAUGCGCUCGCAGCACAGGCAUCCAAUAUCUAGGAUAUGCUUCUGUCCCGACGUCGACAAGGAUCGCUGCACGGAUCCGAUGCAAGGGACGUACAUUACUGCGAGCCGCGACGGCAUGGUCAACUGGUGGUCACUGGAUAUGAAGCUGCUGAGAACCGGCUAUUCUUCCAGUCCUCAUCUGAAAGUCCGCUCAACAUGGGUGACGGACAUGGUGUGCAUGCCCGACGUGAACAUCAUCGUCACCAGCUCCACCGAGAGAGACCUGCGCUUCUACGACUGCACCGCUAAAACCUUUAUCUUGAAGAUAAUUAUUACAAGUUGGGAAUGUAUGAUCUGCACGAUGUAUUAUUACUUCAACAAAGAUGACAUGGACCAGUGCAAGCUGAUCUGCGGCGACGUGGGCGGCAACGUGAGGGUGCUGCUCUUCUCAGCACACAUGCGCGGUCCGUUCCGGAACGACGCUGGUCGGGCUUUGAAAACAUUACGACAUGUUGACUUACAGAAGAGGCCUCGUGUUCUGCCGGAGCUGCGCCUCGUAGAGCUGGUGCGCGUGCACCCGGAGUGGGUGCGCCAGGUGUCGUACUACGCAUCGCUGCACUGCGUCAUGUCUUGUGCCACUUGCUUUGACUCACUGCUCAUGUGCGACUUGAGUGGCUCCAAGACACAUAAAAUGUUCAGAGUUGAUAAGGGCUUUCAAUGCUUUGCGUUCGACGAAGAGGCACACGUGUUGGUGACGGGAGGUCCUGACUGCAUGGUCCGGGUGUGGAACCCGUUCGUGACAGCCAAAGCUAACGUGUUGUUCAUAGGACAUCACGCCGCCGUCACCUGCAUAGUACUGCAGAACAAAGGACAGACUAUCUACUCGCUGUCUAGAGACAGAACUAUUAAAGUGUGGGAUGUACUAAGCCAAGUGUGCCGCCAGACUUACAUCGACAUACCUGCUGUCGUGGGCGAGCGCACGCCUAUAUCUGCGGUGUAUAACCCUGCUACCCGCGAGUUCAUCUUGGCUUGUAUGAAGAUAGCUGUCGUAGUGCUGGACGAGCAACUGAACCCGCUGCACACUGACGGGUUCACACACUCGCGAGCUGUCUCCACAGUUCUCUACAACCCGUUGUUUAAAGUCAUUAUCACUUGUGGUACUGACAGCAUUAUUAUAAACUGGAAUCCAAUAACAGGUAAACGCAACGUGCUGAUCCGCGAAGCGCACGUGCGCCACAUGCACGGCGAACAGAUUCCGGUGGAGAUUACUGCUGCCUGCUUCGACCCUGGCUACCAGUUAAUGCUAACUGGAGCUAGAAACGGCGAACUCAAGGUUUGGAACUUUAACACUGGUCUAUGCUUGAGAACGAUGUCCAUCGAGCAUAUGUGCGAAGUUACCAACUGCUUCUGGGUUGAAGGCAGGAUACUGGCAGUUGGGUGGAACCGCCAUGUUGUUGAGUUUGAGGACACCGGUAUGGCGACUACUGGCAAAAGCUGGGAAAAACGUCACACGGACGAUGUGCUAGCUUCUGCAGCACGGCCUCCUCUCACGAUGGCCACCUCCAGCUACAACUCCGAGCUGGUGUUGUGGAAAUUGGAGACUGGCCAGCCCUACAGGCGGUUUUCGUGUACGGAACCGACAUUGCGGAUCAAGAUGGUUUAUAGCCGGCGUGAAUCUAGCAAGCCAGCUCCUGUAGCCCCGCCGAGACGAACGUUAGGGACAGGGAGUAACUUCCGAAAAUCCAAUGCGCAAGCGGGAGAAUCUCGUGAAAACAUUUUGGCGACAUCUGAUGCAGUAAGGAAGGCGACCGAGCGCCGUAUAUCUGGGGGCAUGACCACGUCAGGCCGUGAGCGGAACAUGCGUCUCCUCGCCGUGCAUGCCGUGGUGUUUCUGCAGACACGACCGCAACAUAUGAGUGUGGCUAGUCUCUUAUUGGCGCUAGAAAAUGGUCAAAUACAGUGUUGGUCGGACCACUCGGCGGGUGGCUACCAAGGUUCAUUCCAGGUCAUCCACACGGCGGGCGACUACGCAUCGUGCCUGGCCACAGAUAAAAACAACGAGUUCCUGUUUACGGGCACAACCCUGGGCUACGUGAAGGUGUGGCUCAUGAGCAAUUAUCUUAUUAACGAACUGGUUCAUGUUAAUAUGCCGCGGCUCCGUCUGAUGUUCCCGUUCCUGUGGCGUGACCGCAUCGAGGGUCGCGCCAAGCGCAGUGUGCGGGACCAGCCCAAGCCGCUGCUACUGAACAGCUACCGCGCACACCUCCGCAGUAUUACCUCUAUAGCAUACAUUGAUGAACAUAAGCUUGUGUUCACCGGCAGUUCAGACUACAGCGUUCGAGUGUGGCGUCUGUCAGGCGAGUACCUGCAGACACUGGGCAGCUUCCUGCCGUGGACCCUGGAGGUGACGCGCUUCCCGCCCGACGUGAAGAAGGUCGCCAGCUUCACCACGUUCAAGGUGUGGCGCAGUGGCCAAGUGUCGCGCUACGUGCCGGGGCAGAAGGUGGUGGACAAGCUGCACGAUAUCACCGUGCACGAGCUCAAGACCAAGACCUACGGCGAGGCGCCCAACGAGCCGUUGCUUGGAAAGUACUCCUCGCUGCCGCAACGACCUGACAAAAUAGAUCCAAUUCUACUCGACGAUUCAUUGCCUAUAAUACCGAUCUACGCACACUUGCGUAUGGCGUCAACGCAGCCAGUGCGACGUCCACCAACCCCUGAACUAGUUCGCGAAACACGACUGAAGCGCGUGAAAUCAAAGAAAACCCACUUUGACUCAAAUGCGUCUCAAACGAUAACAGGACGACUAUCUCAAGUGACUCAGGGACAGCCAGCACAUGGAUCACAUCAUUCAUCUCUGCAAGCACAGCCUGCGCACGGGCCGCCAACACGUCGCCGCCAGUCGAGCUCGAGCCGAGAUAACUAG